UAUCGUAUAUUUGGAAAUGGCCAAAUACAUAUUUAAUUAUCAAAAAUACAAUAUAUUUGAGUGGUUCAAUUGCGUUGCAAUGAGUGAUUUAUUUGAGGCAAAGAAAUGAUUCAAUUGCUACAAAUAAAUAAGGGCGUCAGAUAUAUGUAUGUACCAAGUAUAUUUACUUGUCAUUAAGAAAUAUUUAUAAAAAAAGCCACAAACAAACUUGAAAAUUUAAUUAUUUGAAUUUUGAAUUUAUUUACUGUCGAUAACCGGUCGUUAAAUUCGCAAAUUUUAGGUUAGUGAUGCGAAUAGUCACCAGGUGUCGCAUAGAUCACUAAGACGCGAACAUUCGCCACUCCCUUAGUUAGUUACUGGUAGGGAUAAGUUUCCGGAAGUGAACCAAGAUGUCCGAGCGGAACAAGAUACAUCUAGGACUGCGAAACGUGGAUUUCAUCAAAGUUAGUCAGACGACUAAAGUGGCCGGACGCACAUUUUUAUUCAGAUUGACAUAUCACUUAAUAAAGUCAUUGCAUACGAGGAGCAAGGAGGCGAGCAUUGAGGAACAAGAAGCUACCAACAAACGGAGAACGAAUUGGACGAGUAAAAUACCAGCAGACAGCAGCUACCAUCCAUCAAGUGUUACUAAAAUUAUUUGGAGAUGAACCGAUAUCAACCAAAGGGUUGGACAAAUGCUGAUGCCGCCCAAAAGCAAGUUGGCUGUCUGAGGCGAUACCGAGAAGACUAUUACCGUGGCUCCUCACGCCGCGCUUCAGCACAUCGGUCUAUUGCAACACAGACUGAUGUACUGGACGCAGUAACCGGUCAGUUAGGCUUCAACCGACUGGGCCCAGCAGUUACCCGAAGUAGUCUAUCAGCUUCAAGCCGCCUGAUUGAGACUCAGGUAGGCCCUAGAGAGGGACGACGACCACCAGCGUCCAUGAGAUCAUGUCCAGCGUCAAUUACAUCUCGACCAGCACGAAUGGGACCAAGAUUUGUUGCUGUUAGAACACGACCGCCUGUUAUCGAGCAAACACGGCCAGCUCGAAUCCAAACAACACGUGCUCUGGUUCCGCGAUUAACCGCUUCAGUUUUAUCGCCAACAACUACGGUUCAGGCAACAGUAAUUCCCGAGGAAGCACCGAAAUCUUCAGGAAAAUCCAAGAGUGCCAAGCGCCGGAAUCAGCGGUACAAUGUACUUCGUAAGCUCGCUAACCAGCCAGAUACAAUUGAUCUGUCGAGGUUAAACAAGAUGCAAAAACACUUGGGUACGCAUCAGGGCCGAAAACUUUUUGAUAAGAUUCUCGAAGGCUUAAAACUUGGGGAAGUUAGACUUCCUCCCGUAACAUCGGCUGAACCUAAUGUACUGGUUCCAACGUCUGCCCGGUACCCUGAAACGUGGCAGGAAGAAGCCUGGACGCCUCAAGCUAGUGAUCCGGUAGACCAAAAGCCUAAGAGUUCAGAAGGAGAGAAACUGGCCGUCCAACAAGGCCCACCCGAGGCCAUUAGUCAGGCCUCUGGUUCCAAAACUUACAACAUAGAUCAACAAAAGAAGGAAAGGAACCACAAGACGAAAAAUAGAGAACAUAGCCCAAACUGGGCUGAGAUGGAAAUGGUGGACGGAGGCCAAUAUUGGUCAGAUGAUUCGGAAUGUGAGAAUCUCCAGCUCUGCGACACAGAUGAGUACCUGAUGAAAGACAUUCUUGAGAUUGGGCUGAGUUCGUUCGACGAGCCUUGGUAGCUGGUACACGGGUCCACCUCCACCCAAAUCAAAUAAA